GGGAACAUGAUUUCAAACAGCAGGCAUCAGACUCGGAGAAGCUACACGGUUUUACCAUGCUUCAUAUUAGUUGAGAUGGUGAUCAUGGCAGGGACCGUGAUGCUGGCUUAUUACUUCGAGUACACGGACACCUUCACGGUCAACGUGCAGGGCUUCUUCUGCUACGAGGGCUCCUACCGCAAGCCCUACCCGGGCCCGGAGGACAGCAGCGCCGUGCCCCCGGCGCUCCUCUACGCGCUGGCCGCAGGGGUCCCGGUGCUGGUGAUAAUCAUUGGAGAAACUGCAGUGUUUUGUCUACAGCUAGCUACAAGGGAUUUUGAAAACCAAGAAAAACCCAUAUUAACUGGAGACUGUUGUUAUAUAAAUCCACUGGUGCGCAGAACCAUCAGAUUCCUUGGAAUCUAUGCAUUUGGACUGUUUGCUACAGAUAUCUUUGUAAAUGCUGGACAAGUAGUAACAGGGAAUCUAGCACCACAUUUUCUUGCACUUUGUAAACCCAACUAUACAGCACUUGGAUGUCAACAGUUCACACAGUUCAUCAGUGGUGCACAUGCCUGUACUGGAAACCCAGAUCUUAUUAUGAGAGCCAGAAAAACAUUUCCAUCCAAAGAAGCAGCUCUUAGUGUAUAUGCAGCUACAUAUCUGACUAUGUAUAUUACCAACACAAUAAAAGCCAGAGGAACAAGGCUUGCAAAACCUGUUCUGUGCUUAGGCUUAAUGUGUUUGGCAUUUCUUACUGGUAUCAACAGAGUAGCCGAGUAUCGAAAUCACUGGUCAGAUGUGAUAGCAGGAUUUAUAAUUGGAAUAUCAAUAGCAGUGUUUUUGGUUGUAUGUGUGGUAAAUAAUUUUAGAGGAAGACAACCAGAACAUGAAAAUUCUCAUAUGGAUAAUCUGGUCCAGAUGCCAAUGAUCAGCAUCCCUCGAGUAGAAAGUCCUUUAGAAAAGAACCACAUCACGGCCUUUGCAGAAGUCACAUGAUGAUGAAGCUGCCAUGUAUUCGCUACACUGGACAUCAUCUCUUUUCACAGUCCACUCAUAAUAACUGAAGCGUAUUGAAUAUAAGAGAGUAAAAAUUGUCUGAUUUAUAACUUGAUUUUUACAACAUUAAAACUACAUCAGCAUUUGAAAACUGCUUCUUAAAUAUUAAAAGUUCAAUUUACUUUCCAACAAAAGCAUUGCACCAUUAUUUAUGUAUUUAUGGGGUAGGGGGUGGGAAGGAAUCUGAACACUAGUCAUGUUUGUAUGACAAUGCCCUCUCUAGCC